AUGGCGGAAGUGAAGAGUGAAGAGCCAGAAAAGGCAAAUACAAAUGUGAAAGAAGAAGAAGAAGAAGAAGAAGAAGAAGAAGAAGAGUCUCCAAUAGAGGAAGUGAGGCUAACAGUGAAGAACACCGAUGACCCGACCCAGCCGGUAUGGACCUUCCGGAUGUGGUUCCUGGGGCUCCUCUCGUGCUCCCUCCUCUCCUUCCUCAACCAGUUCUUCUCCUACCGGACGGAGCCUCUCGUCAUCACGCAGAUCACCGUGCAGGUGGCCACCCUCCCCCUCGGCCAUCUCAUGGCGGUGGUCCUCCCCACCGCCAUGUUCAGGAUCCCCGGGUUCGGGACCAAGCGGUUCUCCUUCAACCCGGGUCCCUUCAACAUGAAGGAACACGUCCUUAUUACUAUAUUCGCCAAUGCUGGUAGCGCCUUCGGGUCUGGCUCGCCCUACGCUCUGGGGAUUGUUAACAUUGUCAAGGCCUUGUAUAGAAGGAAGAUAUCCUUCAUUUCUUCAUGGCUUCUCGUCAUCACCACUCAGGUGUUAGGAUACGGGUGGGCGGGGUUGCUGAGGAAGUACGUGGUGGAGCCUGCUCAUAUGUGGUGGCCCAGUACCCUCGUCCAGGUCUCUCUUUUCCGAGCUUUGCAUGAGAAAGAUGAGCGUCGAUUUUCGCGGGCAAAGUUCUUCUUUAUCGCACUAGUCUGCAGUUUUUCAUGGUAUGUGAUCCCCGGAUACUUCUUCUCAACACUCACAAACAUAUCAUGGGUGUGCUGGAUAUUCUCCAAGUCAGUCACUGCUCAGCAACUAGGCUCAGGCAUGAACGGCUUAGGAUUUGGUGCACUCACACUUGACUGGACUGCUGUAGCAUCAUUCCUGUUCAGCCCUCUUAUCUCACCCUUCUUUGCCAUUGUCAAUAUCUUUGUGGGGUACACACUGGUAGUGUAUGUUGUGAUUCCUAUUGCAUAUUGGGGCCUCAAUGUGUACAGUGCACAUAUGUUUCCCAUUUUCUCAUCAAACUUGUUCACUUCCCAAGGCCAAGAGUACAACAUAUCUGCUAUUGUCAAUGAAAAGUUUGAGCUAGAUAUCGCCAAGUAUCAUCAACAAGGUCGAAUUCAUCUGAGUGUGUUUUUCUCUUUGACUUACGGAUUUGGAUUUGCCACCGUAGCAUCCACCCUUACACAUGUUGUAUGCUUUUAUGGAAGGGAGGUUAUGGAGCGGUAUCGUGCUUCGGCAAAGGGCAAAGAAGAUAUCCACACAAAACUGAUGAAAAAAUACAAAGACAUACCUACUUGGUGGUUUUAUGUGAUGAUGGGCGUGACGCUUGUGGUUUCUCUCGUGCUAUGCAUCUUUCUAAAUAACCAGGUUCAGAUGCCGUGGUGGGGACUUAUCUUUGCUUCAGCCUUGGCCUUUAUAUUUACUCUCCCAAUUAGCAUCAUAACUGCCACCACAAACCAGACACCAGGACUAAAUAUUAUUACUGAGUAUCUCUUUGGUAUAAUUUACCCCGGAAGACCAAUAGCAAAUGUAUGCUUCAAAACCUAUGGUUACAUAAGCAUGGCUCAGGCUGUCUCCUUCCUUGGUGAUUUCAAGCUUGGUCACUACAUGAAGAUCCCUCCAAGAUCAAUGUUUUUAGUUCAGUUCAUUGGUACAAUGCUUGCUGGAACCAUCAACAUUUGUGUAGCAUGGUGGUUGCUGAACUCUAUCAACAACAUUUGUCAUAAAGAUCUCCUUCCUGAAGGCAGUCCCUGGACAUGUCCAAGUGACCGUGUUUUCUUCGAUGCGUCAGUCAUCUGGGGUCUGGUAGGACCUUUGAGGAUCUUUGGUUCUCAUGGAGACUACCAAGCAUUGAAUUGGUUUUUCUUUGGAGGUGCAAUAGGGCCAAUACUAGUUUGGAUAUUGCACAAGUCAUUCCCCAAGCAGUCAUGGAUUCCCUUGAUCAAUCUUCCAGUCCUUCUGGGGGCAACUGGAAUGAUGCCACCAGCAACACCACUGAACUACAAUGCCUGGAUUAUAGUUGGAACGAUUUUCAACUUCUUUAUCUUUCGCUACAGGAAGAAGUGGUGGCAGAGAUACAACUAUGUUCUAUCAGCAGCACUUGAUGCAGGGGUUGCUUUUAUGGCUGUUCUGCUCUACUUCACACUUGGCCUGGAAAACACCAGUCUUAAUUGGUGGGGAACUGCUGGGGAGCAUUGCCCUCUUGCAACUUGCCCAACGGCUAAGGGCAUUGUGGUUGAUGGUUGCCCUGUAUAUUGAU